AUGGCCUUACCAAAUUUAUUUAAUUUAGCCAUGAAAAGAGCCGAGAUCAGUUCCAUAAAAUCUUCCAACCAAAAUCUAAUUAAUCACGAAUUAUCAAUCCACCAAAAUUCAAUAACAGAAUAUCUAUCUAAAGAUGUAUUCACAAACCAAAACUUCCUGCCAUCGCCAUGCCAAUUAAAUUUGCAAAAUUUUUUGGAUCAGCCGCACAUCGACUCCAGAUUGAGGUCUCGCAUGAUCGACUCGUUGAUCACAUAUCAUCUGAAAUUGAAACUUUCUACUCCAACUCUAUUCCAAUCCAUAUCUAUUAUGGAUAGAAUCUCAUCUAAUUACAUCAUCAAAGAUUAUAACUAUAAAUUGAUCGCUAUUGUCUCACUUUGGAUUGCGUCUAAGUUCCACGACUUGAAAAGGCGUGCCCCCACCAUAUCUCAACUGACCCAAUUGACCCAGUACAGAUACGAUUCGAAAGAAAUCUGUUCCCUGGAAUUUAUCAUUCUAAGUAACCUUGGAUGGAACAUCCAAUCAAGUAACACCUAUGACACUUAUAUCGAUGCGUUACUGUUUCCUCACUUGCAAGAACUAGGAAACGAUAUAAAUAGUAUCAAGAUUUGGAUGCUAAUUAUUUGCGAAUUAUGCUUAUUUGAUAUCCAUUUAUCGAUGCAAUAUGAUUUACAAGAAAUCGCAAAAUGUACUUUCCAGAUCGCACUGGUUAUCAACCGUUUCAGUUAUGAACAAAAAAAAUUAUGCCCACCUGACACAACCCAUUUUCGUAACGACUACGAUAUCUCUAUAUUUAACAAGAUUAGAAAAUAUUUAUUUGCAACAAAUUUUGAAUUCCCGGUUAGUGUACGUUUGAAAUACAAACAGAACAUUUUAUUUACUAUCCUGAAGGAUUAUUUCAUAGAUCAAACUGGAAAAGUUCAUGUUUCUGGAGAAAUUACUGACGCAUCAGCCACGACAACAUCACCACAAUCUACAACUACAAAACAAGCAUCCAAUACAGUCAAUUAUAAAUUGCCUAUGACACCAACUACACCAAGUAACUUGUCCUCACAAGAGAAAACAAAGAAAAAACCAUUUUGUGACACUGAAAAACGUGCCAAUCUUGAUUCUGACACAAUACCAACAAAGCGUGUACGGAUAUAG